AUGUCUAGCUUGCACCCCGAUCAGGAGCGCGGUGGCGAGGCACUCAGUCCAACUACCCUGGGGCUUUUGGAGGUCUGGGAGACUCUGUCUGAUUUCGAGAUCGAAGACGUCGCUGGCGGCGGGGGUGUCGAGAAUGCGGACUCUGCGCGACGUCGAGAAUCCGAACAGCGCCGAGAGGAAGAAGAGGGGGAAAGCCAGCGACAGGCUGUUGAGAGCAGCGCGAAUGGGGCUACAAAAGGUAGUUCUACCAAAGUUAUAGACAAAAGGUCACCGUUGGAACGGUUUCGUAAAGCACCUCGAAAGAAUCUUUCGGUUACGGACUUGGUUUCUCCGGCAUGGUGCGAGCUACAGUACUGGUACAGUUUGACGAAACAUGGGCGGAAGAGGGCGACGCCGGCCAUGAAGAAGGGGAGUGCUGUGCAUAAGACUCUGGAGGAACAGGUCCAUACUACGGUCCCCGUGGAAAUAUUGACGCGGGAAGAUGGGUGGGCGGUAAGGAUAUUCAAUGUGAUACAAAGCUUGCAUACUCUGAGGAAAACUGGAAUAACUCGUGAGCUGGAGGUAUGGGGUGUGAUUGAUGGAGAGAUUGUGACCGGAAUUAUUGACGAGCUUUCCUACGAUUGUCCUGAUCCUGAGCUUGAAGCGACGUCCAACCCAGACUGUGCACAGGUGCGAUCCGCGGUAUCGCUGAUUCCAGAGGAGAACGUGUCCGUUUCGGACUCUGCUAAUCCCGUGACUGAAGGCGAUAAGGAGGUUACUGAUUCUAUUUCGAUAACCGGAACUGUGGGCUCUACGCAGCUAGAUACGGAGGAAAAGAUUUAUAUCACAGACAUCAAGACUCGUGGCUCUACUACAAAAGCUCCGACGGUCUCAAGCAUAGGAUUUCGGCCCACGCUCCUCCAGCUCCAUCUAUACUAUCAUAUGCUAGCGCGACUCAUAACCAGCGACGACAUCACGAUCGAAUCGAUAGCUUCACGGUACCGCCUGGAUACCAACCGUGUUUUAUCCGAUAGCCUCAUCGCCCAACUAUCCACCUGCUUCGAAUCUAAUAUCGCCGAAGAACCAUCGAGCUCACCAAUCGACCAAGAAUCCAUCAACGCCCUCUUCAACCAGCCCUCGCUCUCCUCACUCUGGUCACUCAUGAAACAACAUCUCCAACAUACCUUCCUCCCUCCCUCCCAAACCACCCAACCCACCACCGGAAUCUCCCCACCCACGCUGCUCUCCCCGCUCCUAACCGCGACAUACGUCUCCUCCGCGCCCGAUCCAUCAGAACCCAUGAAAUGCCUCGGCAGCAGGUCGUUCUUCUUCGAUGCCAACGAUUUAUACCCUUAUCUUGCGGAUGGGAUGCGGUUCUGGCGCGGAAACAGAGCGGCAAAGGGCGUCGGUAUGGUUGAAGCGUGGAAGUGUCGGAUUUGUGAAUUUAGAGAUGAUUGCGAGUGGAGGGGUGCGAAGGAGAAGGAGGUGGUGCAGAGGAGCAAGCGCGGAGGCAAGGCGAAGGGAAAGGGAUGA